AUGAGACAUUCUCAUCUGGGCCUUCUGGCCCGUCGAUUGUGGAUCUGCACGCGAUGCAGAGCAGCCAACUACUCCUCCGUCGCGCCAGCCCGCGCUGGCAGCAAGUCUAAGAAGAACCUCCCCGAUGCACCGGCUAGAACCCGGUUCGCACCGUCGCCGACCGGAUAUCUUCAUCUUGGCUCCUUGCGGACAGCAUUGUUCAACUACCUCCUGGCGAAACGGACGGGGGGCCAGUUCCUACUGCGAAUCGAGGAUACAGAUCAGAAACGGACAAUACCUGGUGCGGAGCAGCGGUUAUACGAGGAUUUACAAUGGGCUGGGUUACAAUGGGAUGAAGGUCCACUGGUUGGGGGUCCAUACGGUCCAUACAGACAGUCGGAACGGACGGCCAUUUACCGCGAACAUGCCAACCAAUUGGUCAAGAACGGUCACGCAUACCGAUGUUUUUGCUCUACAGAACGGCUCGACUCGCUCGCGAGACAUCGCAGUCAGGCCGGUCUCCCUCCCGGUUACGACAGACAGUGUGCAGACAUCUCCGCCGAAGAAUCAGAGGAUCGAGCUGCAAAGGGCGAAGCGUAUGUCGUGCGCUUGAAAGUAGAGGGCUAUCCCAUGUUCGAUGAUCUAGUCUAUGGCAAGACCGGACAGAACCGCUCGAACAACAAGCUGGAUCUCAUUGAGCGAGUCUACGAUGACCCUAUCCUGCUCAAAUCUGACGGACACCCGACCUACCAUCUGGCAAAUGUGGUGGACGAUCAUUGCAUGAAGAUCACCCAUGUGAUCAGGGGAACCGAAUGGAUGCCCUCGACGCCAAUGCACGUCGCACUGUAUAACGCCUUCAACUGGACGCCUCCCCGCUUCGGCCAUGUUCCUCUCCUUGUAGACAAAUCCGGCCAGAAGCUUAGCAAACGAAAUGCAGACAUCGAUCUUAGCUUCUUCAAGGAGAAGCAAGGCGUGUUCGCGACCACACUUAUCAACUUCGCCGCUCUUCUGGGCUGGUCGCACACCCAAAAGUCCGACGUCUUCAGCCUGGAGGAACUGGAGCAACUCUUCAACCUCAAAAUCACCCGCGGCAACACCGUCGUCGCCUUCGAGAAGCUCUGGUUCCUGCAAAAGGCCCACGCGCAGCGAUUCGCCGCCAGCGGCGGGCCCGUCUUCGACGAAAUGGUCGCCAAGGUUUCUCAGGCCGUCAAAGAAACCUACCCAGCAGACCAACUGUACGUCCAUCAUCCCAACACGCCUCCAAGAACUACCAACUCACCCUCCCACAGCACUACCAUCCUCGAUUCUCGCCCAUUGGCAGAAUACAUCCCUCCGCUCCUCAAAGCCGACGCAAAAUCCUACACCAACGCCCCGGAAUUCGUCCAGCGCAACUCAACCUUCUUCACCACCACCCUCACACGACCACCCUACACGCCCGUUCCCACCCCGGACGGCACCACCAUCCCCAUCACAGCCCUCCACACCGCCGCAGCAGCCCUCACCCUUGUCCCAGCCUCGCACUGGACCAUCGAGACGCACCGCUCCAACAUCGCCUCCUACGACGGCUCAGCCGCCGUCCUGCCCACUUCCACUUCUCAGGGAGGAACUGCACCGGGGAGCACAGACACAGACGCGGAAAAGGCCCGGGUAAACGCAGACAAGGUCUUCAAGAAGGAGUUGUACCACUACCUGCGUUGGGCUUUAUCGGCCGGUGCGCCGGGCCCCGGCAUCCCCGAGACGAUGGAGAUCCUGGGCCGGGCAGAAUCGCUUCGCAGGCUUCAAGAGGCAAGGGAGCUCACGGCUGAGGCGGCGCCUGUCCGUGUGCCAAAGAGAGCUCAGUCGCCGCAGGGCGAGGAUACAACCUGGAUGGGCUCUCUUGCUCCGCGGUCCUAG